CGCAGAUGCUUCAUAAUAAAACUACAAUAACUCUAAGCCAUCAGUGAGGGGCGGGGAGAGGGUUUGCAAGACUUGCCGGGAUUUCUGGCAAGUUAACCAAUUCUGUGGAGAGAAGCCAUUUGGUUACUGCCUGUGAGGUGUAAACAGAUCCCAUUUUCCCACAUCAUCAUGUCCUCUGAGAGCCCCUCGGAUGACGGGGACACUUUCAAGAUCCUGAUCGCUACAGAUAUUCACCUUGGCUACCUUGAGAAGGACGCUAUCCGAGGCAGUGACUCUUACAACACAUUUAAUGAGAUCCUGCAAUGUGCCAAGACACAUCAGGUAGAUUUCAUCCUGCUGGGUGGUGAUUUGUUCCAUGACAACAAGCCAACACGCCGAUGCCUUCACAGCUGCAUCACCAUGCUGAGACAAUACUGCAUGGGAGACUCGCCCAUACAGUUCAACAUUCUCAGCGAUCAGGCUGUCAACUUUAACACUACCCAGUUCCCCUGGGUUAACUAUCAGGACGAAAACCUGAACAUCUCUAUCCCUGUGUUCAGCAUUCACGGUAACCAUGACGACCCAACUGGGGCUGAAGGUUUGUGUGCAUUGGAUCUGCUAAGUGCUUCUGGACUUGUCAAUCACUUUGGUCACUCACACUCAGUGGAGAGGAUAGAGAUUAGUCCCGUCCUCAUGCAGAAAGGCAACACCAAACUGGCCUUAUAUGGCCUUGGCUCUAUCCCAGAUGAGCGCUUGUACAGGAUGUUUGUCAACAACCAGGUAAUGAUGCUCCGUCCCAAAGAAGACCAAGAUAAAUGGUUUAACCUGUUUGCCAUCCACCAGAACAGGAGUAAGCACGGACCCACUAACUACAUUCCUGAGCAGUUCCUGGAUGACUUUCUUGACUUGGUGGUGUGGGGUCACGAGCAUGAAUGUCUGAUAACACCAUCCAGAAAUGAACAGCAGCUGUUUUAUGUGACACAACCUGGCAGCUCUGUGGCCACCUCCUUGUCCCCUGGAGAGGCUACCAAGAAGCACAUAGGGCUGCUGAGGGUGAAAGGUCGUAAGAUGAACAUGCAAAAGAUCCCCUUAAAGACGGUGCGUCAGUUCUUCAUCCAGGAUGUGGUGCUGGCUGACUACCAAGACCUCUUCAUGCCUGAAACACCCCAGGUCACAAAGAAGGUGGAGAACUUGUGUUUUGCAAAGGUCACAGAGAUGUUAGAAGAGGCUGAAAGAGAAAGACUCGGAUGUCCGCUUACCCCAGAGAAGCCUCUCAUCCGCCUGAGGGUGGACUACAGUGGAGGCUUUGAGACGUUCAACACUUCCCGCUUCAGCCAGAAGUUUGUGGACCGCGUGGCCAACCCGAAGGACCUCAUUCACUUUCUCAGACGGCGUGAGAAAAAGGAGGACAUCAAAGAUGAGGUUAGCGUUGACUACAGCAAAAUAAUAAAAACCACAGCAGCUGAGGGGCUGAGAGUGGAGGACCUGGUAAAACAGUACUUUGAGGCAGCCGAGCAGACAGUGCAGCUGUCCCUUCUGACCGAGAAGGGCAUGGGGAAGGCCAUUCAGGAGUUUGUAGACAAAGAUGAGAAAGAAGCCAUCGAGGAGCUUAUCACGUACCAGUUAGAGAAGACGCAGCGCCACCUCCAGGCCAGAGGAGUAAUGACAGAGCAGGAUAUAGACACAGAGAUCCGGCAAUUCAGAGACUCCAAAAAGAACACAAAUGAGGAGGACAAUGAAAUCAGAGAAGCUAUCAACAGAGCCAAAGCUCACCGUUUGGAGCGUGGCGAUGACCCUGGAUACAUGAAUGUAUCUGAUGAGCUUGCUGAUGUUGCUAUGGACUCUGACGAAGACUCGGUCGCUCCCCCAGCGCGAGGCAGAGGGCGAGGAGGCAGGGGGCGGGGUGGCAGGGGAAGAGGGAGAGGUGCAGCUGCUUCUGAACCGACGCGAGCCAGGAGGGGCCGUGCUCAGAAUACCUCAGCAUCAACCCAAAGCAGAAGCAUAAUGCAAGCGUUUCAAGCUACAUCCCGGAGUUCAUCUCGGAGAGGAGCAACCGUGUCUUACGUAGCAGAUGAUUUGACCAUUGAUGACUCAGAUGAAGAUGUAUCUGUAAUGAAAUCUACCCGACCCCCUCCAAGACCGGCACUGUCAUCAUCUUUCACCAAGUACAGCACUCCGAGCCAGAGCCAGAGCCAGUCUUCAAGAGGAGUGGCCUUUGAUGACAGUGACGAUGAUGAUGAUGAGGAUAACCCAUUCAAAGGCCCCAGCCGCAGUUCACGAAGAUAACCACCAGUGUAUCUAUUACCUAACGCUUGUUAAUGUUCAUUUUCCAAAAAAAUCUGUAAACGCUAAUUAGCAAGAAGCAGGCAGCUGCAGUGAUAUUCUUCAGGACUUCAAAGCGCGUGUCAGUUUUCUCAGUCUUUCUUAAGGUUAGACACUGGACAAUUAAGUUGAUCAGCUACUUUUGAUAAAAAGUGAAAAUAUUCAGUCAGUUCAGUGAAAGGGCUUGGCCAAAGGUUAGCAUUUGUUAGCCAUUACCUGAGUGCACCUACUGGUAGAGCUUCUCCUACUGCACUUGAUGUACAUUGAUCUGUGUUGGCUUUUGUAGUUCUCUGAUAUUCAGCAAAUAAUAAAUGUUUUUUCAUAUA